ACGAAUAAAACUGACUUGCAGCAUAAAGUUGUUUUACUUGAUGUUGAUCUCUAUGUUUGAUCUGACGUGCAACUAUCCGUACCUAUAAUAUUAUUAUUUGCAGCACAUAAUAUAUACCUACAUACAAAUCCAACUGAACAUAUAAAAAUAAAAUGAAGACAUCUUUAGUAAUUCCAAUCGCGUUGUUCGCAGUUUUUACUAUAUCAGAAAUAAACUGUGAACCAAUAUGCGCAGACUUCAACAGUAUGUGUAUUGAAGACAGUGACUGUUGUUCUGGAAAUUGCUACAUGUCAAGCGAUGUGAGCAAAAGAUUUUGUAUGGACUCUAAAAAUACAACUUAUGGUGUUAAAGUUGAACAAGGUUGGUGUUCAUACAAUGAAUCAUUCAAUAAGGACACCAGCGAAGAAAUGUUCCAGUUAUUAGGGAUAAAUGCAGCCCACGCUGUGUUGCCAGUAGGCUCACAAAUCACGUUAACGACGAACACAAACAACAGUCAAACAGUAGAUGUCACAAUAAACACCUAUUUGCUGAAAAGCAAUGAAACCAUUUUGCAGUUAUCCAAAGAACUAGCAGAAAUGUUAGGUGUUAAAAAUGGAGAGAAAAUUGAAUGUUCCAUAUCUUUAAAUCCUCCUGUUAACAACUUUUCUACACUUAAAACAGCUGCUGGAAUUUCAGCAUCAUUCUUUGUAGUUGUUUUCAUCGUUAUGACUUUUUUGUAAGAUAGUUAUUUAUCUCAUACGAUAAAUGUUUUUAUUAUAUUAUUGUUACAUACAUUUUAUUUUUAAACAACCAAUUAAUAUAAGCUAUUAAAACUGUCUGUAAUGAGUCUAUUAUUAUCAAUUAUUUCCACAAUCUGCUGUUGUAAUUCUUUUCAAGCGUAUGUCAACAUGUAGUAUUUAAUUAAAUAAUAAAUCUCAUAUAAUUUAAACAAAAUA